CAGUCGCGAGGCUAUAGUUACAUCAACCCUGUCAAAGCACACGAAAUAUUAACAAAUAAUUCAGAUGACAUCAGUAACUUUCCUUCUCCCGGAAGUAUUGUGUAUUAUAUUUCAGCUGCAACAACUAAAAUUGUCAUUAAUGCCAGCGAUAAAGAUCAAAAUAAUAAAAAUGGAAUAAAAAAUAAACUUUCCUACGAAUGCAUUGGAGGAGUAGACAAACAAAUAAAGAUGUUGAAAGAAAUGAUAGAGUUAUCAUUAAAGUCACCAAGCAUCUUUCAAACUUAUGGUUUGACUCCACCUAGGGGGUUAUUGUAUGGUCCGUCUGGCACAGGGAAGUCUUUACUGGCAAAUAUUAUGAUUAGUGAAUCCGCAGUCUAUUCUAUUACGUUGAAUGGACCAGACAUUAUCAGUAGGUAUUAUGGUGAAAGUGAAGCAAAGUUACGAGAGUUAUUUCAAGAAGCUGAGAAAAAUUCUCCAUCAAUAAUUUUCAUUGAUGAGAUUGAUGCCUUGUGUCCUAAACGAGAUCGAGUUCAGAAUGAGUUUGAGAAACGACUUGUGGCAACAUUGUUAACUUUAAUGGACGGACUCACGACCUCGUCGUCAUCUCGAGUAUUUAUCCUGGCUGCAACAAACCGUCCUGACUCUUUAGAUCUUGCACUGCGUCGACCAGGAAGAUUUGAGAAAGAAAUAGAACUUUCAAUUCCUCAAUCCAUUGAAAGAAUGGAUAUUCUCAUGAAGUUACUCAGAAAAAUACCUCAUAAUUCUUCGCCCGAUGAAGUUGAUAGGUUUGCUUGCAAUGCACAUGGUUAUGUUGGAGCUGAUUUAAUGGCCGUCGUGAAAGAAGCUUGUAUGAUUGCAAGGAAAAGAAAUGUAAAGAAUGAUGGUGAUGAUGAAAGAAGUUAUAAGGAGGAUGGGAAUAGUCGUUUUGGCUUUAUUGUUUCAAGUGAUGACAUCAGACAAGCGUUCCAACGGGUGCUUCCCAGUGGUUUACGAGAAGUAACAAUAGAUAUACCAAAGGUGUACUGGAGUGAUGUGGGUGGAAAUGCCAUAGUUAAAGAAAAACUAAAACAAGCCAUUGAAUGGCCGCUUAAACACCCAGAAGCUUUUACUCGUAUGAAUAUUGAUCCUCCUAAAGGAAUAUUAAUGUACGGUCCCCCGGGUUGUAGUAAGACUCUUAUUGCAAAGGCUCUUGCUACGGAAAGUGGAUUGAAUUUUAUUGCUGUAAAAGGACCAGAAGUAUUCAGUAAAUGGGUCGGAGAUUCAGAGAAAGCAAUACGACAGGUGUUUCGUAAAGCUCGUUCUGCUGCUCCUUGUAUUGUGUUUAUUGAUGAGAUUGAUGGCAUUGCUAUUAGACGUAGUACUAUCGAUGGUGAUGUAUCCAAUGUCUCUGAGCGUGUUUUAACUCAAUUAUUGAUGGAGUUAGAUGGUGUUGAAACACUAAAUGAUGUCACCUUGGUAGCUGCAACUAACAGACCUGACGUAAUCGAUAAUGCUCUUAUGCGUCCAGGACGUAUUGAUCGUAUUAUUUAUAUUCCAUUACCGGACAAAGAUACUAGGACGGAGAUAUUUGGUAUUCAUUUACGAAAGACACCUCUCGCUCCUGAUGCUGAUCUUGAUGACGUUAUAUGUAAGACCGAAGGGUAUUCUGGGGCUGAAAUAACAGCCAUCUGUCGCGAAGCAGCUUUGGCAGCCUUGCAAGAAGACAUUAAUGCACAAAAUGUUAAACAUAAACAUUUUACCAAAGCUCUAGAAAAUAUCAAACCAAGAACAUCACCAGAUCUUGUGCAAUACUUUAAAAAGUUUCAAGAGAACUGUGGAGUAUACAGUUUAUAGCUAAAUCAGUAUAUUUUUUAUGAUUGGUUCCUAAAGGAUGCUAUUUAUUUGAAAAAAAGACGAUCUUACAUAUCUGUAUGUGGAUAGGUCUGUGUUUACAAUAUCGAUGAGAACAACUCUAAAGAACAAUAGUUAAUAACGUUUUCUCAGAUGUAACGGCAUUUGUACGCUCUGCAUUUAAUGACGUUCAUUGUUUUAACUGUUACAGUGUUCGAUCUUUGGUUUUUAAAGCUUGGAAAAUUUCCUGUGUGUUUAGUAUAAUGAUUGAAAAUCUACUGCAGUACCUUCACCUACACUCUAAUGGUAUAAAAAAUGAAAUUUGAAAUUUGAAUAUUUAAUGGCAGUACAAUAGUAGUUUUAAGUAAAUAUAACUUAGUGUUUUGCAUAAAA